CGGUUACAAUACUCACGCCUCUAAGGACUUAGCUGGAAACCUUUUUAUUCUGUAUAUACUGCAUUGUGAAUCAUAACCCAUGUUGUUAUUACUAUCUGCGGUAACCGAUGUGGAUUAAAUAAACAUUUUUGGUAAAGCCGUCACUGUGAAAUCGUUUCAGCAAGGUGAAGAAGAGAUAUAACCGAACGCAGCCCUCCAGUCCCCCGGUCACAUGCUAGUCAAGCUCGAUCAGCUGACAUCACCCAGCUUCUGCUUUUGAUGCUCCUUCUCCAUCGGCUGAUAGCGCGUCUUUAAACAGCAUUAUUUCGUUAUCGUAGCGUUACUGGCGUCAAAUAUUAUAUUUGAGCCUCGGAGAUCUCGCGGAUCCAGCAGGUUGCACCGCCGGAUAGAUGCUGCUAGAGUGGAUGAUGAACGGACACGCUAUUCUGUAUACGGGGGUCACUUUGGCCUUCUGGAGUACCAUACUCAUCGUCGGUAUCUGCUAUACCAUAUUUGACCUUGGAUUCCGCUUUGAUGUGGCAUGGUUCCUGACAGAGACUUCUCCUUUCAUGUGGGCCAGUCUGGGCAUUGGCUUGGCCAUCUCGCUGUCUGUGGUGGGAGCUGCCUGGGGGAUCUACAUCACUGGCUCAAGCAUCAUUGGUGGUGGUGUCAAGGCUCCACGCAUCAAAACCAAGAAUUUGGUCAGCAUCAUCUUCUGUGAAGCUGUAGCCAUCUAUGGGAUCAUCAUGGCCAUUGUAAUCAGCAACAUGGCUGAGAACUUCAGUGGAACAACUCCUGAGACCAUCGGGGCAAGGAACUACCAAGCUGGUUACUCCAUGUUUGGAGCUGGUCUGACUGUGGGCUUUUCCAACCUCUUCUGUGGCAUCUGUGUCGGCAUCGUGGGCAGCGGAGCAGCAUUGGCAGACGCACAGAACGCCAGCCUCUUCGUGAAGAUCCUCAUUGUGGAAAUCUUUGGCAGUGCUAUUGGCCUGUUUGGUGUCAUUGUAGCCAUUCUGCAGACGUCGAAGGUAAAGAUGGGCGACUAGAAGAUGCAUUCACACGCUGAGAAGAUAAAGACACUGCUGGAAAAUUAGAUGGAUUAUUGUGUAAAUACAUCGUAAAUUAUUUAAAUGUCUCUAUUUGCCUGGUAUUGUUUUUAACCAUCAUUCAUGCAAGAGUGGUACGUGCACACCGUACUGUCUUGUCUCGAGAGAAACAUGAAUGUUGAAUACAAAAACUGGAAAAAAAAUCACCAGUUUCGUGUGCAUUUCUUGCACCUGAAAUAAAUGAGUGAUCCUUGUAUCUCCAGCAGUUCAGCUUGGUGAGUAGUACAAGCAGAAUGUACAUGUUUAAAAAGAUUAUGAAUCUGUUUCCUAACACGAGCCAGUCUGCAGUCUUGAGAGCUGUGAAGGCAACUUGCAGCCGUAUCACAUGGAUUGAAUUGCUCUCUAAAUUUAAGGAUAGGUUCAUACAAGUUGGGGCAGUUUCAUGACCACUCUUGGAUGAAUGAUGAGUUAAAAAUUACACUAGAGUAUUUGAAAAUAUUUGUGUGUGCGUGUGUGUGUGUAUGCUGGACACGUGAUCUUUUUCUUUUUUUCCCCCCUGUGACGCAUGAGGGUGUUUACCAUUGUGUUUAUUACUGUAGCCUGGUCUGUCAGUUUCUUGUUUUUGUAACUGUUAUUUGCAAAUAAGCAAGUGGUCCUUAAUCCACGCUGUGGCCCAAAUACAGUAUUUGUUAGGUCUCCUGCUGUGGAAGUGACAGAAUCUGUGAAGUUUUGAAUUAGAGUACUGAUCAGGAAUCAUUAGUAAGGUCACUGGAAAGUUGGAUGUGCUCUUUGGGGGGCCAAAUAGAGUCGGAUCACAGCAGCAGAUCUGCUCUAAAUAUGUCACCCUGUCAUUCAUUUCCUUACUUCCCAAAAACGUUAUGGAACUAAAGACGUCCACAUUUCAAACCCAUGAGCCUCCUGAACAUAGCUGCCAGCCAUAACUUCCUUGUUUUCCCCCGGAGUCUCGUCUACGUUUCGAGUUUUAAUCAGGUUGUGAUCCUUUUCAGUAGUUUUUACAAAGAGGGAUUGGACAUGAAAGUGGAUUAUUCAGUGGUGACUAGAAGGAAGCCAAAAGACUGUGGAUACCCAGAAUACUUUUCUUUUAAGAGACACCUUGUCCAAAGUGUGACCAUAGCAUGAAGCUGGCUUUUAGGAAACCCAACAUGUGUCAGGUCACAAGUAAACAGUCAAAAUUGCUAUCCUCUUUCUCAAGUAUUACCAUAGACCGGAAGGAGGAAUUUAUUUUAGAGAGCACCUCAGUUACUAGUAUUAGCUUAGACUCAAUAGUAACUGUUAAUAUUUGCUGUAGCAUCACCAUCAUUGUAGUAGAGGUCUUUAGGGAAAAUAAUUUUGUAGACUGGUCCUCUGACUUUGUUUUUAUGUCAUCUCUGGUGGUCUGGCUCCCAAAACUCAAGAUAAAAACUAUGGACUCCAUUACAUAAUCAAACAACUUUAUGGAUACAGAUUUUUAAAUAUCCUUAUUUUACACAAAAAUCUUUAUAUUUCUUUAUUUUUUAUUAAAGGGUGUUGUUUUGAAUGUACAUCUUAACAUGUUAGCUGUUCGUCUGUGUUCCCAAAUUAUUUUCUAACAUUCCUUUAAAGAGGCUUAAUGUGUGUGUAAAGCUUAGUCUUGUGUUUGGGUAGAGUUUGAAUGACAAAAUUGGACUCUUGCUACAUCACAACAAACCCAUCACCAAAUCUUCAAAGCAUGUACUUUUUAAUCAGCUGGUAGCUGUGCAGCAUUUCAGCUGUUUCCUAUUGAUGCUGACUUGUAAAUCAGGGUGAACCUUUGGCUGCCAGCUGACAGAAGAAUCAAGUUGAUGUGGGCACUGAGUGGAAAAUGCUUGUAUGGAAACACAUUUGGUAACACUUUCUGUUCAUCAUUCCACAAGUUAAGAUGACAGACCAUGGCUAAUUGUGAAACGUCUCAAAACUUUCCUGUAAUUUUUCCCUUAACCCUCUUGUGGAGUUGUGAAUGAGUAUGAACAUUGACUCUUAACAUGAGGAAACUGGAUUGUCUUUUAAUAUAUCUAGACCUGGCCUCCCAAACGUGUCUAAGCAGCAUGAUGGUUUUAUAACUAAACCAAGAUGUAAUGCAAAGAUUCCUUUGGUAAACCAGGCUCUGCACCAAACCCCAGGCUUUCAGUGACUGUAGUUGGUACAGUGUGUGCAUUAUGUUGAUGUGAUGGUGAUCAGAAAAUACUCUUUGUUUUCGACAUUGUGUAUAAUAAUAAUAACAAAAACAGAUCGUCCUUCUGGCUUCAUAAAUGUCCUUGAGAAAAUAAAAUGGUCCAAUCAA